GCCGACUAAGCCCAAUGACAACCACGCCUUAUCGACGACAGCCAGGCCUUAAAAGCCAGAGGCAAUCCACAUCCCAGUGAUUUAGUUACUAACCAUGGCCACGUCUUCCCCCCCAGAGAUCAUUGUCCCUGCUAAACCCUCCUCCCCGGAGGUGCUCGCCCGUCUCUUCCCCGGGCUCAAACCACCCCCGUCUGUGUUGGCUCCUACUCGCAUCGCGAACAACGGUCCCGAUGCAUUGGCUGCGUUACUCACCGCACUCAGAGACAACCACGAAAGGAGCCACGUAUUCUUCAACCAGUUCAGUUUCCACAACCAUUCCACUCAUCACUUGCUCGCCAUCUACGCACUUGGGGCACCAGGCCCGGUGAUUACCGCCGCCUAUGAGCUUACUCAUCUUGACCAUCAGCGAAUUGCAUUCGUUGCACCCGAAAACGUGGUGAUCACCGACGACAAUUUCACUGAUUAUCUCGGAAAUGACCAGAAUUAUAAUGCGUAUCUCGAUUACUUCCACUGUAUCGUCCUCCAACCUGGCGCGACCAUCCCUGAUAUCAUAGAGAAAUAUAUCUUCUCUGAUUACUACAACAUUAGGAUGCCAAAGGAGGGCACUCAACAGCCAGAAAUGUUAAACAGGUUCUUGGAAAUUCUUUUACACCCCAUCAUUCACGUCGGAUAUGGUGCCGAGUUUGGCCUCCUAGGCAUGAUCGCGGAAGGUACGGAACUAAUUCGCUCCACCGCUACAUCCGUUCACCCGCCUGUUGCAGGUCUGGCCUGGACUGCCGUCCAUCCUGCGGGCGCGACGACGCUCAUCUCACGCCUUCUGUUUACUCCCGAGCGUACCACUCCACUCACAGAGUUAGAGAAACAAGAGCCUGAAUGGAUGCCCAAGUCUGGCACACGCCUUAGAGCGCUGAAUAUCUUGUCACUCAUGCUCCGAGAUACGCGCUUCUUCGGUUCGAGAGUUCUCGACAAGCACGAGUUUGCUGCCAUGCUCGAGUCACAUGGCGAAAUCUUUAACAAGUACGCCGAAAUGUGGGAUUGCAACAUCGAGAACCAAGAAGACUUGGAAAAGUACCUAGAGGAGAUCAUCUUCGCCGACAUGCUCAUGUACGGCGUCGGAAGCUGGGAUGGUGACGAUGCCGAAUAUCGUGCCGACUUCUUCACCGGCCAUAUCGUCACAUCUGCUCUCUUUUUGCCGUCCCUUUGUGCCCAUAUAUCGCGUCGGUCUCAGACAUUGCUGCUUCGUGCCCACUUCUUGACAAGCAUCACGUGGUGGGUGGUCCGUGGGAGAUCCCCCUUCCCGUUGAAAGAAUUUACCGCCACCCCGCUUCCGCCGUUCCCAAAUUCCCCGUCUGCAAAGCACUCAACGACUCUUCCGGGUCCCCAGCCCGCUGCUGCAUCUGACGCUCUUCCGUCCCCCAACUCUCCGUACGCGUUAGUCCCCAAUCCGUGGUACCCAAUCCUCGCAAAUGCGAUCGUCCAUCCAAACGAGCACUUGUGCAAAUUCCAACGUGCACUCGCGCAUUUUGCGACACUGUACGGUCACCGGCAAGCUGGCUUUGUGAUGGAGUCGUUGUCUAAGGAUGGGGUGGAUGUGGAUCCCAACUACGCCUACCUGGACGGCUCGGUGUUCUUACGAGUUGCGUGGCUCACGAGUGCAGCGUUGGGUUGGGUAGUCCAGGGUGAGGCUAACACUGGGAUUUGGAACUAUCAGGAGUUUGAGCAGAAGGCGUAUGACGAUUUGGCAAUGUUGGAAGCACAAGGGAAGGCCUAGUGCCCGACUACUGAAAUGGAUAUCACUGUGACAUUGCGCCCUCUUACAAAUGAAUAGAUCAUUUGACUUAAUCAGCUGACGUCACGGAUAGUGGUCGUACAUAAGGAUGGUUGCAU